CACUGCCACGUCUCGCCAUGACGAGCGUGGUGGACAUGCAUCAUCGAGACAAUGGUGAACUCAAAUAAGGCCUUUCUUGUGACGAAGCCUGGUUCACUUGCCAUUCAUCCUCUCCGCAUCUUGCGAUUAGCCAAUGAUCAGCCACGAACCUUAACUGCUCUCUUACUCAUCGUGGUUACAGCAUGGUGAAGCCAUGAUGACGCCCCAGCCAGCAACAACAGCCACAGCACAUCUAUAAAGUCCGUCAAGUCAGAGCUUUCUUCAGCUUCAUCAUCAACAGUUAACUGAACAAUCCAGACCUUGCUUGACCAAGUCUAUCCCCAACAUUCCGACCAAUUGCUGCACAUUUAUUCCCCGUUGAACCAGCUCAUACCUUAAGUUAUAUACCUUCCAUCAUGCAGAACGAGUACGGACAGGGCAUCUCCCACGCCACCGGUGGCUCCAGAGUCCCCGAGAAAGUCCAGCAGAAAGCUCCCCAAGGACUAGAAGAGUCCUUGCCCAACAAGCUCCACGACACCGGCUCCGGAACUGGUCGCCAGACUCACGCCCUCAACGACGGUGAAGACUCCAUUGUCCCCAAGAGCAUCCAGAAGGCCGUCCCCGAGAAGCUCGAGCGCGCAUUGCCUAACAAGAUCCACAACACCGGUGAUGAAUAGAUGAUCUUGCAUAGCGGAACGUCUUACGAAUGUGAUCUGUGAC